AUGUCUCAAAUCUCCGAAACUUCUCCAAAACACUGCGCCAAGAAAGGAGGGAUUAAUAUCAACAACCGUCGCAAGAAACUAUUUUUCACAUUCUCAACAUUCUUCAGCGGCCUUCUCCUCAUCAUCUUCCUCAUCUGGCUCAUCCUCCAUCCGGCAAAACCCGAAUUCUCCCUCACGGAAGCUGAUAUCUACACCCUCAAUCUCUCCUCGUCCACAACUCAUCUCCUCAACUCCUCAAUCCAACUCACUCUCUUCUCCAAAAACCCUAACAAAAAAGUCGGAAUCUACUAUGAUAAGCUACUCGUAUACGCAGCAUAUAGAGGACAACAAAUAACAUCAGAAGCUUCUCUACCGCCAUUUUAUCAAUCACAUGAAGAAAUCAAUCUUCUGACAGCGUUUCUUCAAGGGAGUGAGCUACCCGUUUCUCAGUCCCUUGGUUAUCAAAUCAGUCGUGAUCGGUCAGGCGGUAAAGUAAUCAUCGGUUUGAAGAUGGACGGGAAGCUACGGUGGAAGAUCGGGACAUUUGUCUCUGGCGCAUACCGGUUUAAUGUGAAUUGUGUUGCAAUUGUAGCUUUUGGACCGAACAUGACCACUUCUCCAUUAGCUUCAAUACAAGGGACUCGUUGCUCUACAGAUAUAUGA